CAAUAUAUAUAUCCCUUUCUCCGGCCACAUCUCCUCUAUUUCUUCGUCUUUUGGGCUGGUUCUUGGUUUGUCUGACGCGCCUCAUCCCCCACCCCUCCCAACUUAUUCCAGUUGAGCGCCGAAUACACUUGUGUGGCCUCAAUGGGCAUUGCAAAUACAUCAAUGGAACGACGCCAUGCAGGACCAUGACCCAGGACGCCCCUGUGCCACAGACCAGGAAGCGGAGACACACUUGGUGGAGACGAGGAUCACUGCGUGGUCAUUCUUCCUCUUUUGAAGAACACAUGCACAUGGACCACAUGGAACACGUGCGCUGUGACUGAAUGCAGCUGUGUUUUCAGACAAAACUGGAGCUUAUGAGUAAGUCAGUCACUUCACACAACGUUACGAACACUUGACAGCUGUCCAGUGUAUUCAGGUUCUUCGCGAUCACCAUGCCGAGGCUGCUUCCCGACGGCACCUUUGAGUACACUGCCGAGGACUACGCUGGCCUCGCCGAGACCCUCGGUGUCAACUUGUUUGCACCGUUGUCUGAUAUCAAGAAGAACUCCCGCCGGCUCUCUCUGGUACGAGCGCAUGCACCGCGAUGAGGGAGCAUUGGCAAUGAGGAGUUGUGCGGUUGGGGGUGGGUUCAAUGUGUGUGUGUAUGUGCAGGAAAACCAUCCAGAUAAGGGAGGCUCCCACGAGGCGAUGUAGCAGCUUAACGAGGCUGCCGACGCCCUCGCGGAAGUGGCGGAGCGCCGCGAGCGCCAGUCCAUCCAGGUGGGUGCACACCGCCGUGACACAUACAAGCCAUACCAGCCGAGCAUACGUUUGGCAGAGCAGGCCAUUGCAUUCUGCCAGCAAGAGCACUCUACGGUCACCAUGCCGAGGCUGCUUCCCGACGGCACCUUUGAGUACACUGCCGAGGACUAUGCCGGCUUCGCCGAGACCCUCGGCGUCAACCCAUUUGCACCGCUAGCUGAUAUCAAGAAGAAGUACCGCCAGCUCUCCCUGGUACGAGCGCAUGCACCGCGAUGAGGGUGCAUUGGCAAUGAGGAGUUGUGCGGUUGGGGGUGGGUUCAAUGCGCGUGUGCGCGCGUGUGUGUGUGUGUCCUGCAGAAGGGCCACCCAGAUAAAGGAGGCUCGCACGAGACGAUGCAGCAGCUUAACGAGGCUGCCGACGGCCUCACGAAAGUGGCGGAGCACCGCGAGCGCGAGUUCAUCAAAGUGGGUGCACACCGCCGUACACGUAUACACACCAGCCAUGCCAGCAAGAGCACACGUGUUGGUCACACUGCAAUGCAUUCUGUGCAGGGUGCCAAGAAGAUCUGGGGGUUCUCGCUGUGGCAGGGGCGCCUGCUGAAGAAGAAGGAACAGGAGCAACGGGAGCAAUACAACCAGUACGAGGAGGUGAGCGCCGCGCCGCCCAUAGCCUGCGCUCACAUACACCCCCCCCACUGGCCCUUUCUGUCUCUCGCGUAUGCGCGUGUUGCGUGAUUGAUUCACUCAGAUGAUGGAGGCCCGAAGGGAGGCCCGAAGGGAGGCCCAAAGGGAGAUCGACAGGAAGCUCGAGGAGCUCAAGAAGAAGAAGGAGGAGAGCGAUAAGAAGAAGGAGGGGUGCGAUAAGGGCACCAAGGAGAGCCAGGACGAGAGCGUGUGCGCUGCCAACACGACCGACUCGGCCUCCCCCAAAUCCUCCCAAACCCAUCCCACGGCCACCGCCAGCCGCACACACGACCAGGACAGCACGGACUCAUUCACCACGCACAGCACACACCCUGCCUGCGCCGACGAGGACAGCAUAGAGCUGCCGGCCGGCGUCGAGAUAGCGGUGGGGCUGGUUGCCGAGCAGGGCCCUGCGGCGCACGGGCAGUAGGAGAGGGGGGAGAGGGAAUGAGUGGGGGCGAAGGAAGCUGCUCUGGUGCCAGCCGCUUCUCGAUCCAUCGCGAGAUACAGGGGUGAGGGAGAUAGAAGAAGAAUACGAGCAUGAAUGACAGAUCGAUCGCGAGACGGAUGUGCGUCAUCUCUCCUUUGUUUCUCCCCAUUGUCUGUAUCUAUCUGCAGGCCUGAAUCGGUGCCUACAUUUUAUAUCCGGUGGCUCCUUCUUUUCCCUUCGUCCUGCACCGAUUUAUUGCAAGGUGUGCGCCCAAGCCUCCGUUCUAGCUGACACCACACUAAGAUCAGCAGGUUUCGGCGCCUCCGAGAUACUCCGAGAGGGCCGCCUCAGGCCCUCGGGUUGCCCAUCUCGAUAACUCAUCCCACACAGGGUAGCACGCAUGCAAAUAGAGCGAGGCACGUGUGUGAUGGAUGGUUCGGCAGCACACGACAAGGCCGGCUUCCCGCCAAUGAUCUAUGCGGGCCGGGCCACUCAUCCGACCUUCUGGUCAGAACUCGUACAGCCAACACUCAAGUGAGCAGGAAGGCUGGCUGGCUGGCAUGACACUCCUGCGCUCUUUGUGUUCAGGCGAGUCACCGCCCCCCCGUGUGUACAGACUGCAUGCCAUGGCGUGUGUCAUGCACAGGAUGGACGGAUGGAAGGAUGGAUGGAUGGAUGGAUAAAUGGACACCUGUGUACAGAGGGUGGUGUGGCGUGGUGUGGUGGUGUCAUCCAUCGGCAAUGAGAAAGCUGUGAUUAAAGCCAAGAGCUGGCAGUCGAUCUCGUCAAAGGAACCAGCUCCUUCAGUCAGUCAUGUGUCCAGUUUCUCGGCGGCAAAACACCAUGCAUGUUUUUGAGUGGGAGAGAGGCACUCAGAUGGUCAAGCAAUGGAAAAGCUGCGGUUUUUUGCUCAGGAG